AUGUCUUCACGGUUCACUGAGACGAGUCGGUAUGCUAACGACCGAAUUGACAUUGCGUUUCGCGAUGAUGUUUCAUUGGAUGAUCUUGAGGAGCAUACCAUGUCCCUCCGUAUUGACGACGAUCAGCAUGCAACUCUGGGGUCUUCAACAGAAGAGUUUUCUCAAGUGACUGUAAUAGACCUCUCCAGCAUCGAAGCUAAGCGCAGGAGCAGCCUGCUGAGCGACUUUAAAAUUCUUCAAGAUCUGCACACUCGGCAUUUCCUUAAAUACAAAGAGUUAUAUUUCGACAAGACAAAUAGUACACUAUAUAUAACGCACGAAAAGGUUCUCGACAUGCCUUUUGAAAGCUAUAUGAACAGUAAGGUCCGAGAACAUGGAGACAUUCCAGAGCAGGACAUCCUCAUUACCCUUGUUCAGCUUCUUGCCAUGGCUCGGUACCUCUCAUCUUUGAAGCUUAGCAACCCCGAAUGGGUGCGGUACAUCUUCCUGCCCGCACACAUCUAUGUCUCAGCGAUGGGCAUCCUAACGUUUGACUACGCAGCAUGUUUUGAAAAAGCCCUGGCAAAGACCAUAAGUGAAGACGUAUACGAAUGUCUUGCCCCAGAGUUUCUUGUUGAGCCAUGGGGCUCUUCUCUACGGACAUAUAACUUCGACAUCACUGGGACUCUGUCCUCAGGAGUUCUCCGCGAUAGUGACAGAACCACGCCCCAGGAUCAGAGUGUCGUAUGCGCAUACGACAACAUCAUAGACACAUAUAGUGCGCAGGGAGGUGGCUCGCUCUUACGAGGGUGGGAGAGGCUGCAGUCAUUCGACGAGCGGUCGCUAGUGUGGUCCAUUGGAUAUCUAGUCUUGAGCAUGUGUAUUUAUAGCAGGCGUGAAGCCCAAUGUCAGAGCUCUCAGGCACCCCAGGACAUUGCGUCUAUGAGUAGUCAAUUGAAGGUAGAUGGCAUGACAGCCGAUGAAUCUAUUCCAUCCCUUGUAGCUAUCGGUUUGAUGGAGAAGGUGGAGGAAGAUACUUUCGCCCAGACGACUGCGAAGCACGGCCGCGAUGGGGACGCAGUCACAGCCUUUCUUCAGCAACGAAUAGAGGAUGGAAAGCGUCACAGCUAUCUAGCUGAGACAAGGUAUAUAGAGCUAGACAAUAGCGUACCGCAAGAGGUUUGCGCCAUCCUUGACCAAUAUGACUUGCGUAGCGUGUAUUCAUUGGCACUCAUUGACUUCAUUGGACGGGCGCUGAAGGCUAGUGUGGAGGUACGCCCCCUUGUGAGUACACUUAUCUCUGAAGAAGUGUUCUUUAAUGCUCUGUCCGACAUAGCGCAAUUCUUGGAGUACCGCGACUCUCACGGCAACACGCCUCUCCAUUUUGCUUGUGCCUUUGGGUGUGAUUCGUUUAUUUAUGAUAAGAGGAACACGCUAGUAUACGCUAAGAUGGGCAACGAUAACAUGCAGUCCGGCUCAAUGAUAGCAGCGUACAUGGGCCAUACCAAAUGUCUGGAGGAGGUGGUCAAAUAUGAGUAUAAUUGUCGUGAUGGUUAUGGGAGAACUGCGCUCAUGCUGGCCGCGUCUCAGGGCCACGUGGAGUGUGUGCACCAUUGCAUCAUGGAGGCUAAACAAGUUGAUAACAGCAACAAAACAGCAAUGAUAUAUGCGGCAGAAAACGGCCAUUGGGAGGUGGUGGAGAUUCUCGCGCCCUUUGAGUCAGGGCGCCGCCCGGACAAUGGUGAGCCUGCCAUCUGUGUUGUGGCUCGGAAGGGGUAUGCACGCUGUCUACGAGGCCUGCUAGACACAGAGCAGGAGUUUUUGCCUGAGGUGCUGCGAAUAAUUACAUCGCACCCGGCUGCCCUUGGGUUGAAGGAGCUUUCUGAUGAGGCCUUGGUGAAGAGUGCGUCCGGUAACAUCGUUAAGAACACGAGCUCACCAUAUUAUGGCGAGUCAUUCCUUAAGCCCGAACAUUGCAGCUUUGUAGAAUUCAACCCUCGAGACACUGAUGACGAGCGUGCAAGGAAAGUCCGGGGAUUGUUUCUUAUUGUCAAGACCCACUGUCGAAGGGUGAAGCUGAUGCACCAGUGGGAAACAGAAGAAGAGUUCGUUCAAAAGGUCCUGGACGGACGGAACGUAAAAUACUCAGCAACAAAUUCCAGUCAGAAUCUUUCAGAAAUAUCCAGCAUGUACAUUUCGUUUUAG